GUCCCAACAGCCGGUCUGCUGGCUGGGAUACCGCGGAGCUAAUAAUAACGACCACCGCUAACAUGUCCGUGUUGUCCUUCACCAUUUUGCUGCUCUUGAGAGGGUUCACUUUUUCUGCUGCAGGCAACUGUGAAGUGUGUGUGGACUUUCUCUACAGACUAUAUGGCAGUCUGACCUCAGCCCACAAAGAACUCACUCCGUCCCUGGUGGAGGAAGAGCUGAUCCAGGCCUGCACCGCCGCUGAGGGGAAGGAAGCAAGGCUGUGUUACUACCUAGGAGCCAGUAGUGAUGCAGAAACCCGGGUCACAGCAUCAGUGUCUCAACCUCUGGCCUCCCACGUCCCCAUAGAGAAGAUCUGCCAGCGUCUCAGUAGCAGAGACACUCAGAUCUGUCAGCUUAGAUAUGAGCCUCAGCUGAAGGAUUGGAGCAGCAACGGACUCAAAAGGAUGAGAGUCAUGGAGCUGAGGAACAUUUUAGCAUCGUGGGGAGAGGAGUGUCGAGGCUGUCUGGAGAAAAAUGAGUUUGUCAGCCUCAUCCAGGAGAAAGCACCUCUGCACGUUCCCAGUGUGGAACUAUGAAUGGUGAUGGCUUUUUGUCUCCACCCUAUUAUCCCGACAAACCAGUUAACUCACUCUUGCAUUGUUUUAGCCACACUUGAUUUAUUUCAUUUUAUCUAAAUAAUACAAAUAUGUACAUUGCAGUUCCUACACUUCAGUUCUAUAGUGCAUUAAAAGUUUAUUUUAAACCAGUG